AUGGAUUCCGGCGCACCUACUCUGCGAAGGUCUCUUCUCAUUUACCUAGCCUUCAUCCUGAUGGCGACACUCGUGUCACCCACACCCACCUUUGCGACGAUUGAUGACGAGAAUGGGGACUCGGUCUCUGGCAUGCGGCCGAUCUACCAACCGAGCUGGAAUAAUGGGCCUCAAUGCCCUGGGUGCGCUAUACAACCGGAAAAGGAUAAGACAUUCGACCAGACUUGGCAUGACACCACGAUACAUCCGGGGGAUCCACCUCACAAUGUCACUCUGACGUUUAAUGGUACCGCAAUCUGGGUGUAUUGCAUCAUCCCAAACUCCCAGGAGUACAUUACGACUUUCGUGAAUCUGACAUUUGAACUGGAUGGCGACUACGUCGGAGUGUUCUCCCAACAAUCAGACGACUAUAUGCUCUACAAUGUCUCCGCGUACAGUAACACAUCGAUGGAGAACCGGGAGCACACGUUGGUGAUGAUAGUGCGGAACGACAUCAAUGCUUCCGUCGCGCUGUUUGACUGGGCGCAAUAUACAUACGAUCCGGAGCCUGGAGCGGUAUCUUCGUCGACCUCCGGCAUAUCUUCGUCGACAUUCAAGCCGCCGGGCGCUAAAUCCAGCACAUACUCUGAGUCCUCGACGCGCACCUAUGAGCCAAGCACAUCGCGUCUAACGAGCCCUUUUACAAGUUCCUCCAUACCGACUUCUACCUCACACUCCUCAUCAGGGUCGUCAAAGAGCGCUACUGGUGCGACAGCUGGAGGUGUGGUCGGCGGCGUCAGCGUCCUUGUUCUUGGCCUGCUCGGCUUCUUUUGCAUGCGUCACUAUUGCGGAGGCAGAACAGUCAAAUCCCCCACGACGAGUGACAGUACCCCGCGUCGUCGAGGUCUCUUUAAAAGCCAGCCCGCCAUCAGUGUGAAGCCAUUCUUUUCCUGCGCGACAACCUCUCAGCCCGUGAAUCCAAUGAUGACACCGCACUCAAAGGAAGUUGUGAUAUCAUCCCGGUCCGCGCCCCAGGAAACACGUUUCGGGACGCCGGACGACGUCGCGGAGGCUUCGAGACCGGUAAUCGCCACGUCGAACGCCACUGCCGAGAGUUCACCAAUGGCCUCCCGGGCAGGCAGAGCCAGACAGGAGGAGAAUGCGGUUAGAUACGUGGGGAAGCCGAUGCACAAGAUGCGCGGCACGGAGCCGCAAGUUGCUGAGGUGCGGAACCGCCAAUCGAUGGCCGGGAACGUUGCCGUGGAUGGGCCCGCUUCACGCCCCAAUGCAGCCAAUACACAAGUCCAAGAUGAUCCGAUGGAGAUAAGGAGGAUGCUCAACAUUUUACAGAUGGAACUAGAACAAUUGAGGGAGAUGUCAGCGGUUGAAGCACCUCCCCCAGCAUAUGUAGCUGGAUCAGAGGCAGGUCGGUGA